GAACAAAUAACUUUAUGCCACGUCAUGUACUUGCAUUUGCUUCUCGGCCUUCACCGCAAGUCUUGCCUUCCGGUUCUUGAAGUUUCUUCUGGUGAUCGGAUUUGAAGUUACCACAAAACAGCUAGCUUUGUUCAAUCAUGGCCAAGACUGAAACGGAGAAGGAGACACCCAAGAUGAAGCCAAGACCAAUCGUGCGUCUCGGGAUCUUCCUCAUCUCUCACAGCUUCCUUGUUAGUGUCGUUUGUUGUACGGCUGGGGUUUUAGCUCUCUUGCUACUGCCAGUGCUCGCCAAGAACACUUACAUCUCCGAAAAUGCUCUCAUGCCUGGUUCUGCAAGUUCUUUGCUUUCUAAUCAUGACAUUGCGGAGGCAAAUAGAUUGGUGAAUGAAUUAAGUAGCUUGAAUUUGGAACGCAAGGAUGCAGGCAUAGAAAGUCAAAAGAUCUUAGCAAGGUAUAUGUCAGAUUUGGGUGCUGAAGUUAGUUAUCACAAGUUCCAUCCACCACAGAAUCAUUUUCAUCCAUUGCAUUUCUUCUCUAGCCCUCAUUCUGGGAUAAUAGGAGAGAACUUUAGUUGUUCAUCUUAUGGUGUCAAUACAGUUGGAAUAAUAAGAUCACCUCGUGGUGAUGGUAAGGAAGCUAUUGUCUUGGUGACACCUUACAAUUUUGGAAGGAGUGAUUCAAGUGAAACUUUAUCAUUGAGCAUUGCAUACUCUGUAUUUUCCUUGCUCAGUCGAGUUACAUGGCUGGCGAAGGAUAUUAUUUGGCUGAUCGCUGAUUCACAGUAUGGUGAACAUGAGUCUGUUGCUGCUUGGCUAAGAGAUUAUCACACACCAUCAUUUACUGGUUUAGUUUCCCUAAAUGCUGAUGCAUGUGUUGAAGGCAAUAAUCUUUAUAUAUCAAAGGAUAAUUCUGUUGUGCAAGGAAAGAUAUCUGAUGGUUUUGGACGUGCUGGGACAAUGGCUGCUGCCCUGGUUUUAAAGGUUACAGAUAGAAAUGGUCUUUGGGAUGACACUCUUAGUAUCUAUGCUGAGGCAUCCAAUGGGCAGAUGCCCAACCUAGACCUCAUCAAUAUUGUGAAUUAUUUAGCUGUACAUAGGCAAGGUUUGCAUGUACAGAUUCAGAAAUUUUGGUCUGAUCUUGAUUUAAAAUGGCUGGAGUUUUUGGGAAAAACAUUUGAAUUACUAGGGAAAGUGGCCAGAAGUUUAAAUCCCAACUGGAAAUUUGGUAUUCCAGCUUCAGAUUAUAUCGAAGGCACUACUACACUUGCAAGUUCAUUGUAUUACCAGGCACUAGGUAUUCCCACAGGUCCCCAUGGUGCUUUCCGUGAUUUCCAAGUUGAUGCAAUUACUUUGGAGAUCUCACCCAGAGUUUCUUCUAAUAACAAAGCCAGGCGUAAUGAGUUUCUUCUGCGAGGUGGAAGGUUGAUUGAAGGAGUUAUAAGAUCAGUAAAUAAUCUCCUCGAGAAGUUUCACCAGUCAUUUUUUCUAUAUCUCUUAACAUCUCCCAGUAAGUUUGUGUCAGUUGGAGUCUACAUGAUUGCUUUUGCACUCCUUGUAGCUCCACUUCCCCUGGUUGCUGCGUCCCUUUAUGCUGAUGCUAAUGAAUUGGAUUUUGGCAUGAAAAAUGACAAAUAUACUCCUAUGGACACUGCAUCAAAUGAGAUAAACAUAACUUUCAGGUCAUGGAAAUGGCUCAGUGCAGCAAAAGAAGUGUUUGUCGUUCAUAUAUGGGGUGUGAUAGUUUUGUUGCUUCCAUAUUUCAUUUGUCAAAUGCGUGAUUGGAGCCCAACAACCAGUUUUGUUUCCUGGGUAUUUCUUGCAAUGCUUAGCCUCCUAAUCUUGUACCUGAUCUUAGGUUCACCAUUUUCUCAUGGCUAUUCAUUGGAGAAAGGGGAAUGGGCUAUGUUAAAAUCAGUGACCAUCUCAGCCAUUUUCAUUGGUUUGCUGCUCAUGUCAGUUGUUAAUUUUGCUACAGCAGAAAUUGGGGCAUUACUAAUGGUGCCAAUGAGUUUGAUGGCUCAACCAUUGAAGCCUGACAUUAGAGCUGCAAGUUUGAGGAGCUUCUUCAGGGUUAUUUGUAACCUGGUUUUGGGUUUUGUUGCAUUUCCACCAGUUACAUUUUUUAUGUUAAAGGGUAUAUUUGAAGGUCCUGACUGCAUUAACCUUGGUGACUUCUGGAAUUGGUUGGAGUCUCUUUGGGCUUGGAACAGUGCUACUUACAUCUAUAUAGGUAUGGUCCACCUACCGUGUUGGGUGUUAUGCAUACACAUUUUACUUCAUUCUUGUUGACACAUUUUCUCAGUUUUGUCUGUUACGUAUGAACUAAACAUGCAAAUCAGUAGAUUAAAGAAAAUUUUCCUUCUA